ACCACAAUGUCUACCACCAUAACAAAGGGAGGACCAAUGCCUUUGACAUAUUCCAAUCUCAUUGCAUCAAACCUUUACACACAAAGAGAAGCUGCUUCAUCUAGCGAGUCUGUCGAUUCAAACGCUAGCACCAUUAAACUAACCCUGGGAACACCACCACCACAGCAACUUCCAAAUUAUUACGUGCCUCCUAAAGUCAAUGUACAAGAACUGGAUUCACAAGACAGCAGUUCCAGCACAUCCAUGUCGUCCACCUGUUCCACAUCCUCAUCCAUGUCAUCUACCAGUUAUGUGCUUCCUCCAAGGUUGGUUCGCAAAAAGUCAGGGGAAUUAGUCAAGUCAUCAUUGAAGUUGCCUCAGUUGUUGCAACGUUCGCUUUCAACACCACAAUUACCAGCUCGUAAAUCCGUGAGAUUUGCUUCUAGAUUAACCAACAUCAAGAUGUUUGACGGUAUGGAAUCACCCGCUGCAGUUUCAUCCACCGCAUCUACUCCAUUGCAUUCUCCACCUUCGGGCAGAUAUGAUGAUGAAUUGGAUGACUUUGACGAUGAAUUGAGAUUCCUCAAGACUAAGCCUAAAGUUGAUUAUUUCGAUUGGAACUGGCAUGGAUCCAUGGAAUCAUCAUCUUCCACUUCUAGUGACGAUGAAGACGAGUAUUGGUCUACACCAAAGUCUUUGACUGGUAAUUCAUUGAGAGAAUAUAGAUUGACUAGUCACAAUAUCCCCAAGAUUGUUAAUUUCAAGGAUAUGAUUGUGUGGUUGCCUAGUGCCUAUGUAUUGAAGACUGACGGUAUGACAUAUCUUUAUGGGUUAGUUAAUGUUAAGAAUUUGGCUUUUGAAAAGAAGAUUUUUAUCAAGUUGACGUUGAACAAUUGGAAAACAAGUGUUGUAUUUGGCGGCAAUGCCAUCAUCACCUAUGUCAAGUCUAUGGGCGAUGUUGAUCAAUUUAAGUUCAAGAUUAAUGUCGAUGAUUUGAUCUCUAAUAGAUAUGAUGGGUUUAAUGCUAUUGAUUUGCAAAUGUGCAUCAAGUAUGAAGUUGGAAGUGAUGUUUACUGGGACAAUAAUGGCGGUGCUAAUUAUCAAUUCAAGUUAACUAUGGUUAAUGGGAUUAAAUCAUACACUUAUUCUCCAAGUCCAAGCAAGAAUUCUCCAUCAAUUAGUGAAACUCCCAAGAAGGCUGAAACUGAAGAAUUCCCACAAUUUAACGAAUUGAUUUCGAAGUUGAUUUUACACCAACAAGUAUCCAAGUCAGAUGCAUCUUUGGCCAGAAGACCAACCAUUGCCACUACUACUGCUCCUCAACAACCAAGAUUUUCAUUUUCAGUUCACAACAACUUUGAAGAUCGUAAACCACAACGUCCAUUUUUAAGAACUUCAUAUUCAUCCAGUGAUGUCACUACUGCUGCCAGUCAACAACAGCAACAAGCUGGCAGACCAAAGUAUUCACAAUCGUUUAGACAACGUCAACAAAAGAAGGACACUGGCAAGCCCGAGUUUUCCAGUGUUAGCUAUGCUGAUUUACUUAACAACUAUUGCUUUGCCAAUACUGCUGCUACUGCUGCUGCUGGUUCUUCCACCCCCACCACUCCUGUACUUGCUGGUUGUUUGCCAUCGACUGCAUCUACACUUCAUUCAUUUAGUGAUUCAAUUCAUAUUUAA